AUGUCACGAGUAAUUAAGUUUUUUACUACAAUUAGAAAUAAUUGGAAAAAAUCAUUAGUUGGUGCAGCUGCUCUUUCUUAUGGAGCUUCUUAUGCCAAUGAUACUUAUCAAACUCAUUUAUUGAUGAGAGAGUACUGUGAGCAAGCAGUUAAAUAUGGAGAUCAAAUUCUUCCACUGUCACAAAAACCCCGGCACAUUACUGUGAUUUUAAAUCCAGUCGCUAAGAAAAGGAAAGCAAAAAAGCUUUUCGAAAAAUACUGUGAACCAUUGCUACACUUGGCCGGUAUAGCGGUCACGAUAAUCCAAACUGAGCAAGAAAACCAGGCAAGGUCUUUAAUAGAGAAUUUAAAUUUUCAAACAGAUGCUAUUCUAGUGGCUGGCGGUGAUGGUACUCUGCUGGAUGUCGUUACAGGACUCAUGAGAAAAUGUAACGGGAGUAUAUUUUGCGCAAAACAAACCCCUGUUGGUAUUUUACCUCUCGGUGAGGUCAACAGGUUAUGCGAUUCUAUUUUCAGUCGUCAAUAUGACAAUUUACCUCAUAUACAUGAGAUGAUUGACGCUACCAUGGCAGUAGUUCAUGGGAACACAAAGUCUGUAGAUAUCAUGAAAGUUGAACCAAUUGAGCAAAAUGAAGAAGAAUUAAUAAAACCAAUCUACGCUCUUGGUAUUAUUGAGCUCGGCGCUUGGAGAGAUGCUUACUCUAGAAAAGAAAAAUAUUGGUAUUGGGGAGGGUUAAGAAGGUAUGUUACAUAUAUAUUCAAUGGAUUUAAGAAAGACGUCAUGUGGAAUUGCAAUGCAACUAUAAGAUAUUCAGAUCCCUGCAUAGGAUGUUCUAAGUGCUAUCAGCCAGAUAAAUCACCCGUAAAAUCGGAUGUCAGAUGGUGGCAUGUAUUCAUCCCAAAAAAAGUAACUUAUGCGCAAAGCAAUGAAAUUGAUUAUAGCAAAGUAAAAAAUGAUAAUUGCGAUACGUUCAAAGAGACGUCAAUCACAACCACUGAGCUGAGUUUGAUGACACGCAACACAGAUAAAUUAAAGCAAGGUGUGCCGGCGGUUAAGUUACAAAUUGGUCCUGAACAUAUAAGCUACUUUGACUUUGUGGCUGAAGGAUGGAACCGUAUUAAAGGUUUAAAUAAUGUUGUACAACAGACAUUAGAAAUUAAAGACUUCGAGUUUCUCCCUGAGUCUACCGAAGACUCGGAAAAAGAACAAUAUUUUUCGAUGGAUAACGAAGAAUUUGAAUUAAAACCGAUGAAAAUAACAUUGAUACCCAACGCUGUAAAAAUAUUCUGUCCGUAA